UAUCUAGUUCCGGUGAUGUGCCGAGGAAACUAAACGUAAAGGCCAGAAACUCUGUGUUCCCUGCAAUUUUUACAGCAUUUUUUAACACAGAUGGUUGUUUUAAGAACGCUGCAAAUCCUAAAUUGUUUUAGGACACGUGUAUGUGAACAGAUUUCUGUAAAUUAGUAGAUCUAAUCUAGAUCUAGAUCUAGAUUCUAGAUCUAUUUGUGUUUGCUCGGUUCUAAUGUUUUACCGAUGGAGGAGACAGCGGACUUGUCAGGUAUGGCAACAACAACAACAACAACAGAGGCAGAGGGGGUGCGUAUCAAACAUGAAUUCGACUCUCCUCGCUCUAGACCUAGAUCUACUGAUUCUACUGGGUCUGUUUUGGAACACACAACAGUCGAAGAGACUGCAAAUGUCAAAGAGGAAGACUCCUCUAGCUGUGUUGUUGAAGGUGAGCAGUUGUUGAGAAAUGAUGGAAUUGGUCGUCAAGGCCAAGGUUUGGUAAUGCAAAUGAAACCUGACAUUGAUGGAAACAACUGUGAGACCGAGAUUCUUAGAUCUGAUGAUCGCCAAAUUGUGAGCAAACAGGUUUCUGGCUUGAAUAUAUCUAUUUCAAAGAAAGAUGGCCCGAAGAAAAACUGCACGACUCUUAAGCUCCCAACAAUUAGAUCUACAGAUAACAAUAUUAAUAGUAGUAGGCCUACAAUAAGAUCCAUGUCGAGAUCUGAGGAAGCUGACGCUGAAGCUCGAAAGAAUGAUGAUGAUAGUUGCAGUAAUGGUGACAGCGAUCACGUUUGGAAAGAAGAAAAUCAAACCCAGGGCAAAGGUGAGCUUCUGAAAAUCAUUAAAACUGAACCGCUGUCUGAUUAUGGUGAUGAAGUGGAAUGUGAAGUCCAAAAUUUUGUGAAACAAGAAGUGACAGAAUUAGAGAGUCCAAACUUAUCAGAGAUAGGAAAGACAGAAGGACAAGAAGUUGGAGAUGCGGUGGAGAUGUGUGUUGAGCAGACAUUGAACAGGGAUCAUGUCGGUCAGCCUGAAUCUGAAGGAAUACAACUGAAAAUUUCUGAUGUCAGGAGUUUAUGUAAUGAGCAGAGUCCAAACCAACUUACUGAUCAUGUAGUCGGGUCCAUCAGUUCAGUUCCAACUUUCUCUGCUGACUCAGCUCUUCAGGAAUGCAGCGACAAAAAUUCCAACUCUGCGAGCAGGGACAAUUGGAAUAAAUAUAAAGGUAAUGUGUACAGUGCACUGACCAGGAGUCUUCAAGCAACGCGAAAGGAAAGUGAACAGACAAGAUCGUCUAGUCACAGUACCUGUCUAUCAAGUCGUGCUUCGAAGACAAAACAACGGAAAGUCGUCAAAGAAACCAUCACUUCUGGAGAUGGCCACGCAGCUGCUGCUGCUGCUGCUGCUGAUGCUGCUGCUGCUGUGAAAUCAUGUGACCUCCGACCCAGCGUGGCAGAAAAUAAGCAAUUCAUUUUGAGCAAAAGUUUGAUUAAUAUUUGUGGUUUGUACUUGAAACAUUCUUCAGCGGUUGAGGCGACGGCGGCUCCGAGUAAUGGUGACUUGGAAGAAGAUGUGGGUCAAACGGAGACCUCGCAGGUUGUAACGGAUGAUUAUUCUGUUAUGAAAGAUAUCUAUGCCGUAGGGAAUAGAGGGAAUGAGCAACCCAGCAACCCUGGGUGUUCUGGUUUGGACCAUUCUGCGCCCGUCGUAAAGGAAAAACCUUUCCGGUGUGAUAUUUGUGGUAAGUGUUUCGCGUCUAAGGGCAACUUGAAAGGUCAUGAGAAAACGCACUCUGGGGAAAAGCCUUACAGUUGUGAUGUUUGCGGUGCCUUGUUCACGCGAAGUCAUGGCCUCCUGCGUCACAAAAUAACGCACACGGGUGAAAAGCCUUUCCAGUGUGAUGUUUGCGAAGUGCGUUUUACUUACCGCCAUAAUUUAGAAUACCACCGAAGAACGCACCUGAAAGAAAAGCCUUAUAAAUGCGAGAGGUGCGAUGAGACUUUCACGACCCGCGGCAACUUGAAGAGACAUCAGAAAACUCACACGGGGGAAAAACCCUACCAGUGCGACCUUUGUGACUUCAGGUCGGCGCGAAAUUCCGACCUUUUGAGUCACAAAAAAACACAUUUGACAGAAAAACCACAUGAGUGCGAUAUUUGCGGUGCAUGUUUCGCGACGGUUGUAGAUCUGCAGAGGCAUCACAGAGGACAUUUCGGAGAAAAACCUUACAAAUGUGAGGAUUGUGAUUUCAGCUGUUGGAAAAAUAAAGAUCUUGUGCAGCACAGAAGAAAGCACACAGGAGAAAAACCUUACAAAUGCGAAGUGUGUGAUGCUACGUUUGCUCGAAGAGCGUAUCUUCGGAGUCACAAACGGAGGCACACGGGCGAAAAGCCCUUCAUCUGUGAAGUUUGUGACGCGAGGUUUGCACACCAGAACACCUUGCUAAAUCACAGAAGGUUACACUUGGGAGAAAGACCUUUUAAAUGUGAUGUUUGUGGCGAAGGAUUCACUAACAAAAGCACAAUGCACAGUCACAGAAAAACUCACAGCUUAGAAAGACCUUUUGCGUGUGACAUUUGUGGUGUAGGGUAUAAGUGGAAGAACACUCUAAAACUUCACAAACGGAAGCACUCAAACGAAAAACCAGAGGUGUAAAGUUUGUGGUAAGUGAUUUGUGAAACAGCUAGUAAGUUUGUUGGUCUUUGAGCCUGGGCAAUCUGCAGCUUGCACUGUAUGCUUCCCUGGAAGUUGAGAAUGUUUCUGUGUCUUCUAGGGUCUACGAGGGU